CGUGUGAGGCCAUUGAGCCAAAAAUUCUACGGCAACCUCAAGAUGGGCCAACAGUAGAUGUGGAUUAUACUUUCGAGAGCGUGAAGGACUCGACUGGCCAGGCCAGGCUAAGAUUAAGGAUUCCUCAAAUCGAGAGGGCGGGGAUAAUGCCUUACUCGGAGGCGGCCAGGCCACGGAGUCACACUGAUAUGAAGAUUCUGCAUCAUCGAUUCCUCCAAAUGGAAGAGGAAGGCAAAGUGGAGAGGGUCCCGGUAGGGGAGGCUGUGGUACAGCUCGAGCCGGUACUUGUAGAUAAGUACCAACACUCGGGUGACAAGCCUAGGGAGUAUCCUGUGGACCCCUCAGAGCUGAAGGCCCGCUAUAGGGUUACACUGGAUAUGAGGCCAGUGAACCACAUGGAGUUGGCAGUCUGCCAGGAGAAAUUUAUGUGGCUGCCGAAUGCCAGAGCCUCCAGAGUGAAGACGGUGCGGCCCACUGACCAAAAGCAGCAUCAGUCGAGCGCACAGGAACUCUUGAGAUCUAUCCCAGAGGAUAAGGCCCGCUUUUUCGCUAAGGUGGACCUCAGCGAGGCGUUCUAUGCAAUAGAAACGCCUAUUGGAGUGAGGAGAUUAGCGAGUACAAGGACCCUCUCUGCCGAUGGUACACCUGUAUUUUGGCGAUUCACGCGCCUCGUCCAGGGAUGGACGUGGAGCCCAAUAUUUUUCAGCAGAGCCAUCCAAUUUGUUAUUGACACGGUGCGAGACGACCUCCCCAAAGAGACCGUUGUGAGGCACUAUCAAGAUGACCUACUGCUAUGUGGAUCCAGUGAAGAGAGUGUUAACAUAGCCCUGCAAAAGCUGGUUGGUGUAUUCCAGGCAUUUGGCUUCGAUGUUAAUAAUAAGAAGACGGUCACUGCAACUGACACCAUAGACUUCUGCGGCUUUCGACUUACUAAAGGUCACUUCACUCCAUGUCCAUCGCGGAAGGAUCUAUCUAGAGAGGCCGCUGAGGCGGCAUGGCUCGAGUUUGACGGCUUCAUAAGGAAUCGCGCGGAAAGACA